AUGACGGCUUUCAAGGGACCUUGGUCUAGCGACCUUGACUCAUUCAAGAAGUUGGUACACUCGAUACCAGAGCAGUACAAGCACUCUUUCGCUACUUCCUCAAAGGCAACGCUCGACAAGAUUUGCGAUCCAGGCGUGCUACAUGUCUGGGAGUCGAACUCUGACGUCGACAGCUUACUGCAGCUCGCCUCAAUCAUUGCUAAGCUCUGCAAUCUUGGAGUGCGCAAGAGCGCCGGCGCGAAUCCCAAGGAUGGCUGCAUGGUAAUUAUCGCUGAAGAGAACAGCAGUGGGAGCAACUAUGAUCGCAUCUGCGAGUAUGUUGGUUACCUGACUGGAGCUAAACUACGGAGCCACCUCGAAGACACUGUUGCCGCGUAUGGCAAGAUUGUUGUGGUCAGGGGCUGGGACAACAGUGUACUGAGUGGGCAGCGCGAGGCGCUUGAGAAGACUGUCCGACGAAUCAACAUUGCGAUUGAGCGUGUGUUGAAGAUGGGGAAGUUUGAAGGCAAGAAGAGGAGGAUUGUGUGGCAUCACAAUGCAGUCAUACCAUUCUUGUUGCAUUGGAUCAACACCACGACACCAGCCUUGCGCUCCACCAUAUCUGCGAUUACCAUCACUGGCUCACUGGACUUCUCCAUUGGCAUUGGGCCCUCUAUCGCCGGUCGCGCCAACAAGGUACCUGAUCUCGAGCGUCUAGAACAGUAUGCGAAGAAACUUGGUGUUCCUGUCGUCUUUCUCGACUCAUCGUCACAGCUCAUCAACUUUGACUACUUGGGUACAUACAUGUACUACUACGCCUACUACAUCAACACCUUCCUACCUUCCUCCUUAUCUCGACCACAUCUCGAAAAAGCCCAAGACGAACUCGUAACCUUUGCGUUCCGACUACGCGCAGUCAGCGAAGCCAAGUACGGCAUAGAAGCAGUCAAGAUGGUCCAAAAGUACCUCGACCCACGCACCGCCAAACAAUGGGCGCACAACUGCAUCAACAAAGACAGCUACGAGAAAUCCAAAUGCCGCGCCGCCGGCAAAGACGAAUCCAUCCACCACGCCGUCCAACUCGCCGACUGCCCCUUCGCCCGCUUUUCCCCCAACCCCGGCGUCCCGUCCUUCGCGCGCCUCGCCGUCGGUCCCGCCUCCACCUCAACCCCAGACCAUUACACCGCCGCCCCCGUCAGCAUCGCAUUCCGCAAAUCGCAAUUCCGCCCCGCCAGCCCCUCGACCUUCUACAUCCUCGUCCCACAAGCCACACAGGACCUCGAAAAAGUCACAAACCGCAUACAGGGCCUCAUGAUGGCGGUCCUCGAGCGCGUCCGCCGCGAAAAGGGAAACCCAGUGCUCGGCGACGCGGAAAAAAGCAUGUGGCGCGAUGUUGUCAAAGCGUGCACUUGGGCGCUUGAUGGCAGUGAGGAGAAGAUGCCAAAGGAGAUGGUGCGCAAGGUACGGUUUGUCAAGCAGAAACUUAAGGCGGGCACGUGGGGAUAUGCGGUCAAUGCUCCGGCUGCGAAUGCUGAGGCGGCGGGUGGAGGGGCGGCGGGGAAUGGCGCGGUGCAGACGGGUGUGGAGAUGAAUCGUCCGUAUGCGUUUGAUCAGGGGAAAGGGCAGAGUGCUACCCCCGGGUAUUAUCAGGGUGGGGUGCAGCAUGUGCUUCAGGCGCCGGUGGAUGGGGCUGCUCAGGUUGCGGCUACGCAGGUUUAUCCUAGUGUUGGGCUUGGAGGGCUGAGGGGGAGUGGGCGUGGGUUUACUUGA